CUACAUAGCAUAACAUAACAUAAGAAAAGGGAACGAAAGGUAGGGAUUUGGAUUGGGUGCGGCAAGAGUUGAGGAAAACACAACAAUGGCUUUCUUCACCCUAAACCCCAUUCUCACUCCUCUCUCUUCUUCUUCGCUUAAACCUAAUCCUCCUUCUUCUUCUUCUUCUUGUAACUGUCGAUUACCGUUUAUCAUCUCUACCAUUCCCCGUUCGCGUUCUUCGAGGCAUGUCGUUCGUAUGGCUCCUGAUGAAGAGAAGAUGACUCGUCGUUCGCCUCUCGAAUUCCCAGCCGAGUGGGAUAAGCCUAGGCCAGGACGAAGACCGGAUAUUUUUCCUCAGUUUAGUCCGAUGAAGACACCUUUGCCACCUCCAAUGCCUGCAGAUCCUCCGGAAGAGGAUGAAGAAGAGGAAGAAAAGAAAGAGGAAGAGGAAGAUCCUGAGGAGCCAGAACAGUAAUAGCUUUUAGUAAAUGACUUGUCUUGAGUUUUGCAGUUAUCUUGAUAUGUCACUAGGGUAGUCCUGCUUGCUUGCUGAACUUAAUGUAAUAUUAGGCCAUUAUAUGAAUAAGAAAUGAUGUUCGAGCUUUCUUCAA